CGGUCAUUCCCUCUUCCCCCCCUCGGGGUACCCCCUUCCCCUCAGGGCCCCCCUGAGCGCCUUCCCCGCUGCGCCUGAAGCUGCCGCCCUCGGCCUCCCCCAUGGUGGGGUUCGGGGCGAACCGCCGGGGCGGCCGCCUGCCCUCGCUGGUGCUCGUGGCGCUGCUGGCCGUGAUCGCCGUGCUCGCCUUCCACUGCUGGAACGCGGCGUCCCGGCAGGCCCUGCUGCGGGAGGAGCUGGCCGAGCUGCAGAGCCAGGCCCAGCGCACCGAGGUGGCGCGGGGCCGCCUGGAGCGCCGCAACUCCGACCUCCUGGGCAAGGUGGACUCGCACAGGAAGCAGCUGGAGCAGAAGGAGGCGGACUACAGCCACCUGAGCAGCCAGCUGCAGGCCAGGGACGGCCAGGUGAAGAGGUGCGAGGACGGCAAGAUGAAGCUGCAGAACAACAUCUCGUAUCAGAUGGCAGACAUACAUCGGCUAAAGGAACAACUGGCGGAGUUACGGCAGGAAUUCAUCCGCCAGGAAGAUCAGCUGCACGAGUACAAGAAGAACAACACAUACCUGACAAGGAGGCUGGAAUAUGACAGCCUGCAGUGUGGGCAGCAGAUCAAGGAAAUGAGACUGCAGCAUGAAGAGAACAUCAAGAAAUUAAUGGACCAAAUUGCACGGGAGCAAAAGCAGGCCACACAGAAAAUUCAGUCUAGUAAAGACACUGCAGUCAGCCCCAGCAAUGGUGACCAGGCAAUACCUGAGACUGUUGCAGAGGUGGAAGAUAAAGUCGUAGUGAAGAAUGAGGAGCCUUCAGAACAUGUUGCAAAUGGCAAAGAGAAAAUCAAACCAGGAGGAGAUGCAGGCAUGCCUGAAAUAGAAGAUAAUGACCCUGCUAAAGCUGAAGAUACUCCCACUGCUUUAAAGAAGCCACUUAUUUCAGCUCCUAAAAGUGAAGGUCAUCAGUCCAUUGUCAAUCUUCCAACUGAACAGCCCCAUGCUCCAAACCUGGCACCAGGCUUGCCCAGUGACAGUGAUGGAAAUGCCAACAUUGCCAAGCAGAUCCCUCCAAAUUCUCUCCAGCACUUGAAUUUUGAAGAAAAUGUGGAAGCCCAGAAAGACCACAAAAUUGAGCCAGAGCAGAUAAAAAUCCCAAAGAGCCGAGUUAGUGACUUGCAGAAGAUUAAGCAAAGCCGGUUCUUUGAUGAGAAUGAAUCCCCUGUGGACCCGCAGCAGGGUUCUAAACUGGCAGAUUAUAAUGGGGAUGAUGGGAACGUGGGUGAGUAUGAGGCAGACAAACAGGCCGAGCUGGCUUACAAUGAGGAAGAGGAUGGUGAUGGUGGAGAAGAAGACGUCCAAGAUGAUGAGGAGCGAGACCUGCAGAACGACCUGGGGGACUACAGCAAGUCCCGCCUCAGCGAGGGGGUCCUGUAGGGGCCCCGGUCACAGAGAGCUCAACCCAGAACUUGAGGUGCUGCAGAACUGGACCUGUUUUGCUCCAGUGUUUCCUACUUCCGAGGAAGCUGAGGAUCAAGUGCCGAGUGUGCUCAGCAGCAGCAGCAGAAGAGGAUCCACUCUGUACAUAUGUACAUAUCUGUACUGUUGCAGGUUGUAUUAAACCCACAUCUUUGCUGUU